GACACUCUGAGGAUUCUUCCCUCAUCGUUUGAAGCUCGGGCCGUACAGCUGGUUUUGCAAUCAUGCCUGUGAAGGAUAAGCAAGCGAAGAUUCUCCCGCUCUUCAAGAAUUUGACUGCUUUGUCACCGGAACCCCUACCAGAGGCCGAAAGGGAUCCGCGUUUAAAAGGAGUUGGGGUACUUCAGAGGGGAAAACUCUUCUCAUGCUUUCACGAAGAUCAUCUUGCAGAGGCCCAAGCACUCUAUGAAACUUUGUAUGAGGCAAAAGAUUUCGAUGAUUUCAUCAACCUUUCUAAGCAAGCUAGAGAUAUCGUGAAUGAAGGCUUGUUUGCGUUCGCAUUGUCCGUGGUGGUAUUGCACAGAGAUGACUGUCGUGGAGUCUUUCUGCCUCCAAUCCAAGAGGUUUUCCCAGAUAGGUUCAUUCCUGCAGAGACUAUCAACCGAGCCUUGAAGGCUGACAAGCAAUCUACGAAUGAAUCCAAGGUCAUCUCAAUCCAAAAGACUGGUAACAUCCUUGACCCCGAGUACAACCUUGCUUAUUUCCGUGAGGAUAUUGGCAUUAAUGCCCAUCACUGGCACUGGCAUCUCGUAUACCCAGCUACUUACAGGCCUGAAUUGUUUGGAAAGGUAAAGGAUAGGAAGGGAGAACUGUUUUACUACAUGCAUCAGCAGAUGUGUGCUAGGUAUGAUUGUGACCGAUUGUCUGUGGGUCUCCAGAGGAUGAUUCCCUUCCAGAACUUCGAAGAAAAAUUAGAGGGCUAUUCCGCUCAUUUAACCUCCUUGGUGAGUGGACUGAACUAUGCCUCUCGACCAGCAGGAAUGAGCCUCAGAGAUAUCCGUGAAGUCGAUGUGCAAGACAUGGAACGAUGGAGAGAGAGAAUCCUCAGUGCUAUCCACACUGGACAGGUUAUCGACAGCAAUGGUCAAGAAGUUCCGUUAGACCUGGAGAGAGGGCUUGAUAUUCUCGGAGCUCUCAUUGAAUCUAGUUAUGAAUCUCUCAACAAAGGGUACUAUGGAACAUUACACAACUGGGGACAUGUUAUGGUAGCCAAAAUUCAUGAUCAUGAUGGAAGGUUUAAGGAAAAUCCAGGUGUAAUGGAUGAUACAUCUACUGCUCUUAGGGAUCCUAUUUUCUACCGUUACCACAGAUGGAUGGACAACAUUUUCCAGGAAUAUAAGGCUCGUCUUCCAUACUACUCAUCCAAGGAACUAAGUUUCCCUGGUGUCCGUCUUGUGAAUGUCACUGUUAACGCCAAAGUUCCCAAUCUCAUCCAUACCUACAGUAAGGACGCCUAUCUGGAACUCUCUCAUGGAAUCAAUCUUAAAAAUAGAAUUCAAGUUAAAUAUGAACAUUUGGAUCACGAGCCAUUUAGCUACAGCAUUUCUGCUACUAACUCCUCUGGUGCGCAGAAGAAGGCUACCGUCCGUAUUUUCCUUGCUCCCAAAUAUGACGAGUUAGGAAACAGGUUGAUCUUAGAAGACCAAAGGAGAUUAUUCAUCGAACUUGACAAAUUCACCGCUGUUCUGAAUCCUGGAAAGAAUGUUAUCCAGAGGCAAUCAGUUGAAUCUUCUGUAACUCUGUCUCACGUACCAACUUUUGAUGAAUUGGAGCGAGGAGAAGGUCUAUCGGAUGUAAACAAUGAAUACUGCAGCUGUGGAUGGCCAGAGCAUAUGCUUGUACCCAGGGGAACACCACGUGGUAUGGUCUUCCAUCUCUUCGUCAUGCUGACCGAUUAUGAGCUAGAUAAAGUUGAGGAUGCCCCACCCACAGUUGUGUGUUCUGACGCUGUGAGCUAUUGUGGAGCCAAGGAUCAGAAAUACCCCGACAAGCGUGCUAUGGGCUACCCCUUCGACCGUCAUAUCAAGGCUAGAACUCCAAGCCAGUUCCAGACGCCGAAUAUGUCCUUCUCUGAAAUCAGGAUCCAAUACGGAGGCCACAAAUCAGCCUAAAAUUGUAAAUUCUACACUGUUGUUAAAGAAUCCCAGCUAAAUGUAUAAUUAUCAAAGAUUGUACUUUUCAUGUAAAUCGGUAAACCAGAGAAUACAAUAAAACUGUUCUCUUUUCUGCACUCA